GCGGAGGCCCCGCCCCAGAGCCGGUGCUGCUCUGCGCAGGCCUGUCGUGCGCGCAGCCCCCUCCGAGAAGUCUCCGACUGGAAACGUCACCAGGCCAAUGUCGCGACCUUGUCCUCCCCGGGAUCCAGACAGAAACAGUGUGGUAGAUACUGCUAGAGCUCGCCUGGAAAAGUACGAUGUUGGGACCAAAUAUUCCCAUUUGUUGCCUAACAAAUACUCCGUCCUGGUUCCGUUGUUGGUUAAAGAAGGAAAACUCCAUCUAUUGUUUACUCUCCGGUCAGAGAAGCUAAGAAAGGCCCCUGGAGAAGUUUGCUUCCCUGGAGGGAAGUGUGAACCUACCGAUGCGGAUGACAUAGCCACGGCUCUCCGGGAAGCCCAGGAAGAAGUAGGACUUCAUCCUCAUCAGGUGGAGGUUGUCUGCCGCCUGGUACCAUAUUUAUAUGAGAGCUCUACGUUAGUAACUCCUGUGGUAGGAUUUAUAGACCAGAACUUCCAGGCCCAGCCCAAUCCCAGCGAAGUUAAAGAUGUGUUCCUGGUACCUUUGGAUUACUUCCUAUGUCCAGAUGUCUACUUCCGGAGGCACUUCGUGUACUCUGGCCAUCCUUACAUCGUCCAUUGCUUCGAGUACACAAAUCCUAAAGGCGGUAUGACUUACCUAAUCAAGGGAAUGACUGCGAACUUUGCUAUACUGGUUGCCUUAAUUGUUUUAGGAAAAAAACCCACCUUUGACAUUGAACUUAAUCUCGAUGAUCUAAUUUCAUCCUGUGAAGAGUUUUUUUUUCAUAAACAUACAGCAAGCAAGUUAUGAUUUUUGAGACCCACAUCCAGAGAAUUGUCCAAGGGAUGUUUGCUUGUGCUUACCCACAGAACAACAAUAAUACCAGCUGCAGGAAUUUGACAGUGUGAAUAUUUUUCCUGCAAUGUGAAGGUUAAAAAAAAAAAAUCUUGCUUUUUCUA